AUGGGUAAAAAUAAAAAGCUUCGUUCUCUCCCAGACACGGGUCUUCUUUGCGACGGAAGAGUGAAUGUUUACUCUACAAGCCUUGCCCCGAAUCAUAACUCAGACGCAGAUCCGCCUUUGAACCCGACAAGAGAAGAAUCGCACUUCUUCAUCAUCGCCCUUUCCAAAAUUCUAGAGCAGUUUUUCAUCGACACAUCCUUUGGCUCCAGAUCUGCCCUAUUAGCGGUAACGCCUUUAGUUCCUUCUCACUGGAUUUCGUUGAUGGCAGGAGAUUCUCUUGGACCAUCAGUUGUGCCUUUUCCGGUGAAAACGUCGACGACACACGACGAGCUUCAUUGCUGGCAGGUGUUUUUCCCAGGUGCUUCACCGUCGACCAUCACUUCCGAUCUUUACGACGGCGGCACUCUCCCUUCCCUUCUCUCAACCGUAACAACUCUAGGGUUUGGUGGGAUGGGCCUCAAUUUUCUUGACGGCCCAGUUGCAACAAUCCAUGCUUUUGGUGGUUUGGGCCUCUCUCAUUUCGGCGGCCCAAAAACUCUAAACCUAAUUUGGCCCAUAUCCAGAUUUGCUUUACUCAGAGUUUUGUGGACUCUCUCUCUGAACCAUUGCUUCACGAUAACGGAUGGUCGUGGACUCCAUUCAAUCGUUGGAACCUUAGUCUUAGAGGAGCCUUGCAAUCACAAUACUAGAAACCUGUUACAUAGAGUAGAUUGGUUGCCAACAGAUGUAAGUUUAGUCUUGAAGCUUAGUGGAUUAGUUUUGAUCUCGAACCAUAGGCUAUGUGAUGCGGCUCACACCUUUGUUCUUAUAUGUGAUCAUAUAAUGAGUCUGAACCUUCCCACUAUCAUGCUUACUCAUCCCGUCCCAUGUCGUUUGUUGGACGAUGCAUCACAACCCUCUUGGAAUUGUUGGGUAAAACCGCUUUGGCUUGCUCUAUCAACCCUCUUCUCAAGCCCCAUGAAUCCGGUUAAUCUCUGUCAUUUGAUUAGAAGAUUAUUUGUGCUUUGGACUUGUAAUCUUUGUUGCCGAUUGCAUUAUGUUUACUCCUCUAAUGAGAUACCUUCCCUGAAACCUUACUCCUCUAAGAGAUAUCCUCUUUGA